AACCUAGGUACCCAUAUCCACCCCCCCUCCCCCCCCCCUUCCCCAGCCAGUUGCCCGAGCAGGAAAACCAACAAGGAAACAUGACGAUAAUCCAUUCAGAAUUCCUACCUCCGCACCUCUACUACGCCUUUCCAACAACAUGGCUAUUUACCAUCAUCAUCCUUAUAUCCGCCACUGCUGCCGUCUCAUACAUGGGAGCAGUCGUUAUCUACCGCCUAUACUUCCAUCCGUUGUCACAUAUCCCCGGCCCGCGACUUGCAGCCGCAACGCACCUUUAUAAUUUCUACUAUAAUGGGAUAUGCAGCGGCAGGCUAUAUCUACAAAUAGAGAAGUUGCAUCGAAUAUAUGGCCCUGUAAUCCGCAUCUCCCCAGCGGAAAUCCACCUAAGCGAUCCGGAAAACUACGACAGGAUCUACCGCGACGGCAACGGUUAUGCCAAACCCCAUUCAUUCUACAACACCUUCCUAAGAGGCAGUUUGAAAGUCUUCACUAAGCCCCAAUUGGGAACUUGCCAGGCCAAACAUGCCAACGCGGCUCCUCCCCUUUUCUCCCCCAAGCAUGCCCCAGAGCUCGAGUCCAUCAUCCAAGCAAAGGCCGGGACUCUCGAGAGACGUAUUCGAACCCGCCUGCGCAACGUAGGGAAGAUAAACCUGCACUAUGCCUUCCGUGCGAUGUCGGUGGAUAUUGUUACCCAGUAUGCAUCUGAUGGUAAGGGGUAUGGGUUUCUGGGGAGGGAGGACUUUGGGAAGGAGUAUUUUGUGCUUGCGAGGCAGGUGGCGAGGUUCGUGUGGGCGUUUCAGCAGUUUCCGACCUUGAUGGGGUUGUUGGUGAGGGUGGUGCCGGUUCGGGGAGUUAGGGAGCUUACCCGGCUGCUUGAGCAGAAUGGGACGCGCAAGGGGUGCUUCAACCCAACUCUCCUGGAGGUCGAUGCCGUGGGCGGUCAAGACAACGAGGAGGGGAGGUCAGCUAUCGGAUAUUCGAAAGCAGACGUAUAUGAUGCUCUCGCCGUCGUGUCGCAUAUGGCAGGAAACCCAUUAACGAUCACGGCGUACAAUACCGUUGUGAACAAGGAGGUAUAUAGGAUGUUGAAGACGGAAUUGACAACUGCGUUUCCCGAUCCGAAAUCCGAACCUACUUUUGCGGAACUGGAGAAGUUGCCGUUUUUGACUGCUGUUAUCAAGGAAGGCUUUCGGUUAUCAUAUGGAAUGCUUGGGCGUCUUCCACGAGUCAUUCCAGAACCUGGCGCCGAAUUCAAUGGUUACAGAGUCCCCGCAGGUUCACUCGUUAGUAUGAGUUCGUGGGUGAUGCACCGCAACGAAGAACUCUUCCCAGAGCCUGAUGAAUUCGAUCCUUCCAGAUGGCUGGGCACCAGGGCAAGCAGUAAGAAUUUAGAGCAGUAUCUGGUGAUGUUCUCGAAGGGCUCAGGACAAUGCAUGGGAUUGCCGCUUGCAUAUUGCGAAAUGUACAUCGCGCUGGCGAGGCUUUUUCGCCAUUUCAACGACCUGACGAUAGAGCCAAGAGGCCAGGAGGAUCCAGGCUAUGAUGACUUCUUUACUCCUUAUCACCGGCCUGGGAAGGAAAUUUUUUGCUUUGCGGGAUCAGGGUGCGACCAGCUGUGAGCAGGGUUGACUCAGGGAUUGGUACGCGUAGAAAGAUUUUUGACAUGUUGGUCGUUCGGCAUAACCAGCAGCGUCCAAGGGUAACGUUAUUAUUCUGGGGAGCCUACAGGUAACUAAGGACGAGCCGACGGUUUACUAUUUACGUAAGAAAGAUGUAGGAACCUGAGUAAUCGCAGUUGGCUUCAGUGGAUGUCAUUGGCUGGGGUAGCAGCUUCAUACGCAUUUGGAAUCUUCUUAAAUCAUCUCUCAAUUAUUGCCAGCUUGGGCUCAACAUAAAUAAUAAUAUAAUACUGAGGAUCUCGGCAGUGUAGAAUGACGUCGGGGGAGAAACUCCGGAGCAUGACAAAUCCCCAUCUUGCAGGCACAUGACGGCCAGAGUGCUCCUGUGCUGAUAAGGUCGUCCAGACACGGAGAAAUUGAUCAAUUCCAGUUAUCCAGACAUUAUUCAUUUUUUCUUCUAUUAGUAAAGUAUCUCACCUUUUUUUUUUUUUUUUUUUUUU